CUCGUGCGAGCGGGCGGCGUCGAUCGCGCCCCGCCACUUGUGGUUGCUCGAGGAGAAGGUAGGGGAUUGAUGGGGUCAAAUGGCGGCCUCGCGCGGUGAUUUCUGUCUUGUUGGAUUGUGUUUCUUUCCUUUCGCUCUCCACUCCAUUCGUACGGAUAAUGAAUAUCAAGGCGCUUUAUCUCCUUGGACCGGCAGCAGCACUAAUAUCCCAAUGAUCGCAUCUCGCCGCUAUGGAUUGCACGCAGGACAUGCAAUCUGGACAUCCUCUCGCUAGCAAACCCUCUGUUGCCUUCUCGAGCGCUUCGGCGACUUCAGCGGCUUCGUCUCGAAGUGGAGGGAGCAGGCUCUUGUUCGGCGAGAUUGAUACGAGCAGCGACAGAUCAUCUCAAACAUACGCCUCGGUCGGCAGCUUCGUGCUCUGCGACAGCAGCACCUUUCUCAAAUUCUGGCUCGAGGAUCAAUGCCGCGAACGCUUCCUAUCCCACGUCGAACAAACCGACCUCGCGAACCUCCGACUCACGUGCCACGACUUCAGCGUGCGGGCUGCGCCGACGCUCUUCCAAACCCUUCACAUCACCUUUCGGAGCACUACUUUCACCAAACCCGCCCGGCUAGCUGCGCUGGACCGGCUGGGCUUCAAUGUUCAACGUCUAACCUUUAAUCUCCCACACUCGUCCCAGACUUGCCUGGCUCCCCUGGUUGAUCCGCAGAGCGGCGCCGAGCUGAGCUUCACCUACACGCCACAGAUCGAGGCGCCGACGCCCAAACAGCCCAAGUACGGCGACGCCGGCACCAACGACAUCCUCACGCGCCAAUGGCCCGCGCUCUUCCACGCCGCCACCAACGUCCCCGCUUUCAUUCGUGCCUUCUCCGCGUUUGUCAAUCUCUCCCAUCUCACUGUCAGCUGUCCCGGGUACGAUUCAAGUCAGCGAUAUAGACGGAGCACAGUGGAUUUUGCCCUCAUCUCGCUCCGCAUAGCCAUCGAACGCAAUGACCUCAAUAGGCUGGAGAGCCUGACGCUAUCUCCCAUCCACCCGGAUGGCCUGGCGUAUCUCCUGCCACGAGCGGGUUACGGUGCCACUCCUCGUUCAGCGCGAACAUGGUCUCGAAUCAAACGGCUCGCGAUCGCUAUGGACAGUGUUACGUUGUCGUCUUUCGAUCACAAUUGCGAAGCAAAAGAAGAACCAGACCAUUUCAAACUCCUGCAGACCUAUCUGCGCAACUUCCAGUCCAAUCUCACCAGCCUCGACUUCCGCUGGAUCGGAAGCAAGCGCGGCUUUCCCAUUCGAACCGCGGAGAGCAGCACCACGACCACCACCCCGUCAACCAGACAGAGAAGGCAAACACCGCCGCUCUACUUCCCCAACCUCAGCCAGGCAACUUUCCACAACAUUCGCACCUCAGCGUCCGAAAUCAGGAAUUUUGCUGCCACGCACAAACGGACGGUUAGUGAGCUGCGGUUUGACAAUGUGCGGCUGGCGGCUGGGGAGGGAUGGAAGGAUGCGCUGGCUCCUUUGACGAAUGACCGUGGUAAGGAGGCUCGGUGUGUAGGAGAGAAAGCAAACGAAAAGGCAUGUGAGAUUAUGGAGGAGAUUCCGAUCAUGCUGGCUCCAACGACGACGAAGAAGGUGGAUGUUGCGGAGGAGGUUGUAGGUAGGAGGUUUGUGCCAUCGUCACCUCCGCCGGCUGUUGCGAUGAGUGGUGGAUGUGGAAGUUCGAGGUUGGCGAGGUGGUUCGUUGCGAAGGGCAGGGAGAGAGGCGCGGGGAGUACACCUGCUACUGCCACAGCGAAGAAGAAGGUGAGGGGUGGUUUGAGAGAAGCGCUGAGAGGAGGCGUGAUGCUUACGUGGCGGUGAUACGUGAAGUCCAGCAAGACGUCAAGUCCACAAGUCGAAAGACGAAUUAGGGCAGACUUCUUAAUUCACCCAACUGCAAAUGCAUGGAAUCCUCCUCAUCGGAUACGGAGAACAUUUGCGGCCGAUAGGGCAAGAUCUACCUCCGCAC